CCGGCAACCCGAAUACUCUUUUGUCCGCGUCUCCGCAAAGCCUUCGUCUCCGAAGUGAUUUCUGAAUUUCUAGGGUUUUAGAGAAAAAUGCUCUAAUUUGCUUCUUUUUUUGGUAUGAUUUUCUUGUCAAAUUCAAGACAUUUGCAUGGAGUGAUUGCAAUUCAGUGAUGGGUCUUUGCAAGAUUUGGAGCUGAUUUUUGGUGUUUUUUUUUUUUGGCCCCCAAAUGUGAUCUAGGGUGAGAGUUUGAGAGAGAGAGAGAGCCGUGGCUUUGAAGCUAGGGCUUUAACGAACUUUCAGCGAUGGAAGCAGUGGUGAUCGACGCCGGAUCGAAGCUCCUCAAAGCUGGAUUUGCUGCUCCUGACCAGGAUCCCGCUUUGAUAAUUCCAACAAAAAUGAAGCGGGUAAUAGAAGAAGGGGAUCCAGCCGGGGAUAUCUCUAUAUCUGAGGAGGUAACAGUAGAUCCAAUUGUGAGGGGUUUCAUUAAAGAUUGGGAUGCAAUGGAGGACUUGCUACACCAUGUCUUAUACACUGGGCUUGGGUGGGAGAUUGGAGAAGAAGGGCAGAUUCUGUUUACUGAUCCUCUCUCAACCCCCAAGAAUGUUAGGGAGCAGUUGGUGCAAUUGAUGUUUGAAACAUUUAAUGUCUCAGGCUUUUAUGCAUCUGAGCAAGCAGUGCUCUCACUUUAUGCGGUAGGUCGCAUCUCGGGAUGCACUGUUGACAUUGGCCAUGGAAAGAUAGAUAUAGCACCAGUUUGUGAAGGUGCUGUCCAGCACAUUGCCUCAAAAAGGUUUCAAAUUGGAGGAAUUGAUUUGACAAAGUUAUUAGCUCAAGAGCUUCAUAAGUCAAAUCCAACAGUAAAUAUUGACAUCUCCAUGGUUGAGAAACUGAAGGAGCAAUAUGCUUGCUGUGCUGAAGACCAAGAUGACUUUGAAGAGACACAGAAGUCAUGCCAGACAGAAAAGCACACUCUUCCUGAUGGACAGGUGAUUACAAUCGGAAGAGAAAAGUAUAUUGUUGGCGAGGCUCUAUUUCAACCAUCCAUCUUGGGUUUAGAGGAAUAUGGAAUUAUUGAACAACUAGUCCGUUGCAUCUCAAGUGUUUCAUCAGAGAACCACAGACAACUGCUUGAAAACACCGUGCUAUGUGGUGGUACGAUGGUUAUGACUGGGUUCGAAGAUCGGUUCCAAAAGGAGGCAAACCUGUGCUCAUCAUCCAUCCGUCCUUCUCUGGUGAAGCCUCCGGAGUACAUGCCUGAGAACUUGCCAAAGAAUUCUGCCUGGAUGGGUGGUGCUAUUCUUGCAAAAGUUGUCUUCCCUCAGAACCAGCAUAUAACAAAAGCAGAUUAUGAUGAGUCAGGACCUGCGAUUGUUCACAGGAAGUGCUUCUAGUUCUUCUGCUAACCAUGAAAAAUGUUAUAUUGUUCACCAUCAAAUCACACACCACAUCAUCUAAUUACUGGAGGAAAAUUCUUGCCAUUGAGUUUUUUA